UCGCAGCACUUUCUAGUCAGUGACGUCGUCGGCGGUACGUUUACCUUCUCCAAGAUGCUGCUCCAGAGGCCAUCGAAUCGGCUUAUUGUGGCCUUCGUGGCGGUUUGUACGCUCGUGAACCAUGUUGCCUUCGCUACACUGUCCCCAUCUGAUAAGACUAAGGCCAAAAAGGUGAAAGAAGUGAAGCUGAAAGUUGGCCCUCAGCCUGCGAACGUGUACGAGCGCGGCCUGGUACAGGGAGAGCCCUCUGCGAAGGACAUAAUCGUGGAGAACGGGGCGUACUACGAGCAUACGUCCAACAAGCUGUUCGAUGGCAAAGUUCUAGGCUUCGUAACGCCGUGGAAUAAUCAUGGAUAUGACGUGGCCAAAACAUGGGGCGCCAAGUUCGAUUACGUGUCACCGGUUUGGCUUCAGGUUCUGCGGAAAGGUCCCAAACAGUACGAAAUCGCCGGAGUGCACGACAUCGAUGAUGGAUGGGUGAAGGAUGUCAAGAAAGCGGGCUCAUCGAUUAACAAUCGAGUCGUGCCACGGGUUCUCUUCGAUCGCUUCACCGAUCGCGACUUUUCACAGCUACUAACGUACCCCGAGGAACGGUUCAUCGUUGCGAAACUCUUGCUGGCCACGGUCCGCAAGCACAAAUUUGAUGGAUUCGUGCUGGAAGUUUGGUCACAGCUAGCGGCGCGCGUCGAGGACAGUUACCUGACUGGGUUGGUGGAAGAAAUUUGCACCACACUCACCGCGGCUUCGUACGACUGUAUCCUUGUGAUUCCGCCGGCACGGAAAGAAACGUACGAUCUGUUCUCGCGCAAGCACUUUGAAGCGCUUGCCCCGUUUGUGACGGCCUUUUCGCUGAUGACGUACGACUUCUCCAGCGUGCAACGACCGGGGGCCAACGCACCACUCUAUUGGGUCCGGAACGCUGUGCUUCACAUCUGUCCGGAUGGGGCGGAGAACUUGGCAGAAAAGCGUGCCAAGAUAAUGUUGGGCCUCAAUAUGUACGGUAGCGAUUUCACGCCCAACGGUGGCCAACCGAUUGUGGCCCACGAGUUUUUGGCGUUUCUGAAGCAUCUGAAAGGCCACCUCACGUACGAUGAGCACGAUGUGGAAAAUUUCUUCGAAGUGAAGACUUCCAACGGGCGGCACAUGGUGUUCUAUCCGACACUGUUCUCCAUCGACGAGCGCCUCAAGCUGGCGCGGGAACUAGGAACGGGCCUGUCAAUUUGGGAGCUCGGCCAAGGGCUGGAUUACUUCUACGAUCUAUUCUAAGGUGGCUCUAAGAGGAGCUUUAAUUACCACACCUGACUCCCUGGAAUCAGUAAUUCCAGACCGUUCGCAAGCAAUACAUUAUGGAUGAAUAGUUUUAUUUGCUAAACAAUAUUUUCGUGAUCCUUAUUAUUAGUGCAUUAAUUAUCUUAAUGCAAUGUUUAUGGGUUUAUUUCGAUA